GCGCGAUGUUCCAGCUCAAUUUUAUAACAGAUGAUGUGGAUUUCGAGCUGUGUUGGAAACACGACCUUUUAAUCCUCGGAAAGGGGCGAACUGUUUGCCUGUAAGAACAACAUCAGGGCAUAAUUUACUUCCUCAUUCUGCAGUGAAGUCAUUGGUUGGCGCAGCGGUGGCGGGGCUUUAUGAAGUUUACUGUGCACUGUUAGCUGAAGUUAUCUGAUGUUUACUGAGUUGUUGUUGAAUAUGAAGAGAUGUUUGGUUAGACACGACACACGAUCGGAUACUUAAAUGACAGCGAGAGCAGAAGAAUAGACGUAAAUAAGUGAAAAUGGUAUGAAAUUGUGAUUUUGUUUUGGGUCGAUCUAUGUUUUGUCGGCUUUGCUUCAUCUAUCUAUCGCUAAGCUAAAGUGAAGCGCGCUGCCUGUUUAUAUAUUUACCAUCAGCUGUGAGCUAGCUAGUUAGCACCGCUCAGAGGCAACUGGAUAAUGAUGAGCUCUGCACGGGAGAUUAAACAGCUACAGAAAGCGAAGAGCAAAGCGCAGAGCAGCAACAACUUAAGAGAGGAAGCCAAUAUCUGCAAUCAUCUUGGGGAGCUGCUGUCCAGAAAUGGUGAUUACGAGGCCGCCAUAAGGGAGCAUCAGCAGGAGCUGGCUCUGUCAGAGGUGCUCAACGAUGUGAUUGGACGAGCUGUAGCCAAUCGAAAGAUAGGAGAGUGCUACGCAGAGAUGGGGAACAUUGAAGCUGCUUUGAAACAUCAGCGCUUUCACUUGGACCUGGCUCGCUCCGUCAGAGACCACGCUGAGGAGCAGAGGGCCCUGGCCACGAUUGGUCGAACAUACCUCUUCCGUUACGAAUCGGACCAAUCCAGGAACAGUUUGGAGCAAGCAGAGGACGCCUUCAGGAAGAGUCUUGCCAUAGUGAAUGACCGUCUAGAAGGGACUGUGUCGGGGCGGGAGAUUAGUGAGAUGAAGGCACGUCUAUUCCUCAAUCUUGGCCUGGUCUGUGAUCAUCUGGGGGAGACGAAACAAUGCAGCGAGUUCAUCCGUCGUAGUGUCUUUAUUGCAGAGAAGGGUCAGCUGCUGGAAGAUCUGUACCGAGCAAACUUUAACCUGGGCAACAUCUACUUCCGUAACGGUCAGAAGUCUAACGCUGUGCGUUGCCUGGAACAGGCCAAAGAGUGUGCGAGGAAGAUCAAAGACAAGUUCAGCGAGAGCGAGUGCUUUCACUGCAUUGGCAAGGUGCAGUUGUCUCUGGGGGAUUUCGUAGCAGCCAGACGAUCUCUGAAGAAAGCACUCUCGCUGGGUUCGCAGCAGCCAAUGGACAGGCAGGCUGUGAAGAAAGCUUUUAAACAUGCCGACCAAGGCUGUAAACUAGAGGAGGAGUUGGGGGAAGAUCAGGGUAAAAGACUCGGUUCCCAUCAGGCCGUCGGGCUGGCAGAGCAGCUUGGGGACCUUUACUGUAAGGUUGGCUGCUACAGCAAAGCUCUGGAUGCAUAUCAAGCUCAGCUAAAGGGUGCUGAGGCAAUGGGAAAGCCUGCGAGGGAGCAGGCCGUCAUCCACGUGUCCCUGGCUGCGACCUACACAGACCUGAGACAGCAUAGCAAGGCCGUGGAGCACUACAGACAGGAGCUGGCUCUACAACAGGGCAGCUCGACUGAGGAGUGCAGCACUUGGCUGAACAUUGCAGCAGCUCAGGAGGAGAGCAGCUGUGCCUUUGAGGAUAUAAACAGCAGCUACAGUACGGCGUUACACUCCGGCCAGACAUGUGGGCAGACCAGACUGCAGAAGCGCGUGCUGAGGCUCUGGCUGGCGUUCCAGAGACGACGCGGCUCCUCGGACGCAGACGACACUGAGGCGAGGCUGCAGGAGCUUUGUGCCGCUGAGGGCUGGAGCCCAGAUGAUAGCGACGGUGAGGGUGAUGAAGAGGAGGAGAUGGACAACAGUGAACCUCUGGAUGACAGUGACGUCGUUCUCUCAGACUCAGAUGACGACAUGGAGGGCUAUGACAAGAUGGUAUCAGGGAGGAGGAAGGCAGGACGGUGGAACAAAAGGAACGAGAAGGGCGAGACGUCUCUGCACAGAGCGUGCAUAGAUGGAAACCUGAAGCAGGUCCAGUACCUGGUAGAACAGGGUCACCCAGUGAACCCAAGAGACUACUGUGGCUGGACUCCCCUUCACGAGGCCUGCAACCACGGUCACCAUGACAUUGUGGCAGUGCUGCUGGAGCGAGGUGCUAACAUCAACGACCCUGGCGGUCCCUUAUGUGAGGGAGUGACUCCUCUCCAUGACGCGCUCGCUUGUGGCAAUUUACAAGUGGCAAGGCUCCUGGUUGAACGAGGGGCUUCUGUCACCCAACGCAACUCCAAGGGUGACUCGGCCAUGGACACUCUGCGGUAUUGGCAGAAGACAUACAGCAGAGAGUUGGACCAGGACACCAGGCAGGAGUGCAUCGCCACAGAGAGGCUGCUGAGGAAGGCGCUCGCAGGGGGAGUGCCUGCUGCUGCGGCCCCGGCCAAGCCUUUCGAUGCCCUGCAGGACAGCCAACUGUUUGAUGCUGAGAACUCAGAGCCACUGUUGUCCUCUGGAGGGGGCUGUCCCCUCAGCCAAGACUGGCCCCAGACCAACAGGAAAUCAGAGGUUAAGGAGGGACCUGCCAGCCCAAAACGAUGGCAGAUCAAACGCCCAACACAGCGGCUCAGAGCCAGAGGAACAGAGGCUGCUGUCCUGUAUGGGAAUAAAAGCAGUUCAUCAGACGACACUGACUCUGAAUACCCGGUCAGUCCUCUCCGUCCGGUCCGCCCUCGGCAAAGUUUCCCAGCAGCCUCGAGUCAAAAGGAAGUUCCCCCAAACAAGGAAGCCGACUCUGUCCCAACCUCGGGUCGGGAAAGUGUCAGGGAGGCUCCUCCACCGUGUGUCUUUGAACGGGACGAGUACCACAAUGCAAUUCGAGGGCUAGGCAGCGCCAAAUCCCGUCUCCAGGGUCUAACUCAGCCUCAGAUCUCCAGCACACCAGCGGUGUCAUCCAGCAACAAAGCAGCGCUGGUCCCUGAAGAGGAGUAUCUGGCCGACGACUGGCUGGAGGAUGAUUUGGAGGAAUUCCAGCCGAAGAAGAAGAGGAGGCUUCGUGUGGAGCAGAAUGGGAUGAGAGGGGAGGAUGUGGCCUUGUCUUCAGUAGGAAGAAGCCAAAACAGGCACUUUAACUCUGACACAGCCUCCAGAGUUCCUGCAGUUCCUCUCUCCUCCAGCAGGAGUCUCUCUAUGAAAAAGAACCCCUCCUUGAAGCCUCACCAGGUGAAAAUGACUCAGAUGCCGGGGAUGGUCCGGUUGGGCAGACGAGAGGUCAACAGGUCACACAGCCCCACGAUUACUGAUGACGAGGACAUGAGAGCUGAGACACCUCCACCACCACAAAUACACAUCCAGCCUCCAGCACACACUCGCAUGGUUGCACCGAUGCCCACGUCAAUGCCGCCACCGAUCAGAAUGAGGGUCAGAGUUCAGGAAGAUGUUUUCCUCAUCCCAGUUCCUCAAAGUGAGGCAGACUCCUGCACCGUGUCCUGGCUGUGUGAGCAGGCUGCUCAGCGUUACUAUCAGAAGUGUGGACUCCUGCCCCGCCUCUCUCUGCAGAAAGAAGGGGCUCUGCUCUCCCCCCAGGACCUGCUGCUGGCUGUCCUACACACCAACGAAGAGGUUCUGGCUGAUGUUUGCUCCUGGAAUCUUCCUCCUCUCCCUGAGCGCUACAAGAAGGCCUGUCAAAGCCUGGCAGUGGAUGAGAACAAGCGCGUCACCCGGCUGUGCGAGGUGCAGGACGGGUCCUCCUCGCUGACGGUGUGCGGCCUCAGCUUGGCCCCGUCUUCCCUCAGCCCGCUCCUCCGUGCGCUCAAACUGCAGGCCAGCCUCACCGAGCUGCGCAUUUCCGGCAACCGUCUACACGACAGCCUUCUCCCCGAGCUGGUCGCCACGACGAUCACCAUGCCGCGCCUUCGGCUGCUGGACAUUUCUGCCAGUCACAUUACGGGGGAGGGGCUGGAGAAGGCGGUGAACGCUUUGAACGGACACAGCCAUCCUGCAUUCCCGUGUCUGGAGGAGCUGAACCUCAGUAUGAACCCGCUGGGUGAUGGUGUCUCUGAGUCCCUGUCCUGUCUGCUCUCCUGCUGUCCUCUGUUAGCCAAACUGUCCCUGCAGGCCUGUGGCUUCACUGCUCGCUUCCUGCAGCAGCAUCGACUGCUGCUAGCAAGUGCUCUAACAGGGACAGGCCACCUGAAAACACUGUGUCUAUCCCACAAUGCACUUGGCUCCACUGGCUUUGAGCAGGUUUUGAAGACUCUGCCUCUCCACUGUCUUACACACCUGGACCUGUCUGCUGUCCGCAGGGGUCCUGCUGACGCCCCUUCACUGGAACACCUCACAAAUAUCCUCUCUCAAGAUGAGUGUUCACUGACCCACCUGAGUCUGGCAGCAAACGGGUUGACAGACAGCAGUGUAGCCACCUUGGCCAGGUGUCUUCCUUCAUGUCGGUCACUGGUGAGUCUGAAUCUGUCAGCGAACCCGUCUGUAACAUCAGCAGGACUAUACAACAUCCUGAACGCUCUCAGAGAGGCUGGUCGCCCUCUGACCCUUCUAGACAUACAAGGCUGUCAGGUGUCCGGCCCCUGGGACAGUGAGGGUCUGGAUGGGUUGUCAGAGCUGGUCCAGGAUCUGCGUCUCUGCUCUCAGGGACUCAAUAAACUGGACCGUCAGGCCUUAAAGCAGAGCUGGGACAUCAGUCGCUCUCAUCACGGACUCUUCGUCGAUCGAAACGGGAAGUUCCUGCUCUCUGCUGCGGCCUCCUCGUGAAGACAGGAAAAUAGAAAUGAGCUCCAGAUAACAGCAGGACUCCCUCAUCUGACACUGAAUUAUGAGCCAUGUGACAUCAGAAGAUAAUAGUUUUAUAAAUGAGAACAUACUUAAAUUACUAUUCGCUUUAGGUUUGGUUCAGUUGGCAGUGAACGCUUGAGGCUGCAUGCUGACUCGUCAAAAGUAGCACACACACUUGUAGAAAUCUUCUAUGUUUCUUGUGUUUGUAAACCUUAUUUAUAUAUACCUGUGUAUGUACAGUAUGUUAGCUGUGUGUUUGUGUCAGGAUGCCAUUUGUUGUCCUCAACCAGCUGAACUUUUGUAUGAUUUGAUUUAGAAAACUAUUAAAGUGACUUAACAUUU